UCUGUCAAAUGUCGUCAAAAAAGAGACCAAAAUAAAAAUAUUUUGUAAAAAACUUGUUCUGCUACGUGGACAACAAAAUAAAAAAUUCUAAUUUACAUUUAUUCCUCCUGAAAAUUGGAAAUUCUAGAGCAUCAAUAUGAAUGAAGCUGAUAUUCCCAUCGAUAUUCACACAUUAAAACUACAAGAUUGGCUAGUCAGUCGUCGAAUUGUUCCAAAGAACAUUCAACCCUACAUCAAAGAUAUCCGUAAUAAAAUCAGCAAUGCCAUUCAGGAUAUGCCAUCGAAUGAACAGCUUAUUAAGUUGUUAUCUGGUGCACAUAUCAACUAUUACCAUUGCAAAGAAAUCGUUGAUAUUCUCAAACAAACUGAAAAAGAUACAAAAAGUCUCUUUGGCAGCUAUGGCAGUCAGCGAAUGAAAGACUGGCAAGAAGUCAUUCGUUUGUAUGAAAAAGAAAACAUUUACCUCGCCGAGACAGCCCAAAUUUUCGUCCGUAAUAUUAAUUUUGAAAUUCCCGGAGUCAAAAAGCAAAUAAUCAAAUUGGAACAACUAAGUGACGAUGCUCUUAAAAGCAUUCAAGAUAUGUCGAAGCAUGAAACCAAACUUCUUAACGAGCACGCUGCACUUUUGCAACAACUUGGUUUAAAAGGAAACAAUUUACGUGAAGAAUUCACAGAAGUUUUACAAAAACUUCCUGAAAUCUAUGCUCAUUCAAUUCGUAACAUUGGAACACUCAGCGAGCCAGUUGAUUUGUAUGCUGAGUUUUCCAAGAAUGACAAUUGUCUUCCAAUUAUUCGGCAUUUAAUGAAAUUCGGAAACACAACUGUUUACCAUUAUAUUCAUAAGGAAGCUCCUUUAGCUGUGGAAGAGAAUCCAAUCAAUUUGAAUCUUCCUGAGGAGGAAAUUGUUGGUGGAGAUAAUGAAAUUGAUUUUGGGACCGAUGACAAUGGGGAUUCAUCCACGAUAUCAGGAGAGAUGAUUGAUUUUGGGGACUUGCAAAUCGAUACAGCAGCAGAAUCGGGUGGCGAUAUUGAUUGGGGUAUUGAGAGUACCCCAGAGGAUGCCAAGGAAAUUGACUUUGAUAUUCCCAUUGAAGAGUAUGGAAUGGUUAUUGAAGGUGUUGGUGUUGAUGGAGGAACUGCUAAAGGUGAUGAAGCAUACACUCUACUUGAUUCUCCCAACUAUCGCAAUAAAUUCAUAGAUGAACUCUAUGAAUUGGAAUCCUUCUUAAAAUGGCGAUUUGUUGAACUAAGUCAAGUUGAAUCAUCGAGUAACAUUUUAUUCUCUCUGUUGGACAGUAUAUCGACUUAUGAUGCCCAAAGUGUUAAAAAAAUGGUUGAUAAUAUCGAAGGAAUUUUAGAUGAAGUUCAAAAUGAAAACACUCGUCAUUAUUAUCAACUCAAGCAUUCCCAUAAAUAUGCCGAAAUAUUGGCAUCGAAAUUGAAACAAAUGAUGAAGGCAGUCGAGAAGAUUCGUGCAACAAAAGAAAUUCAAAAAGAACGUUCUGUGGAGCUUAAGAAACAGAGUGUUGAUUUGAAACCUGUUCAGGAAGAACUCAUCAGGCAAACGAAAAUUCUGCAAGAUAAAAUUGAAAAGGAUAUUUCGAAGCGUUAUAAGAAUCGAGUGGUUAAUUUGAUGGGAGGUUUGAAUGCUAUUUAAAUUCGGCAUUGAGGGGGAAAGGGGGUGACAUUUUUUUGUUUUGUUAAACCAAUUUUAAAGAAAUAAAUUUUAUUUACACACAAA